GAUCCGAACUUCUCUCGCCCGCCGGUUCUUCGCGAGCAAGUAAUUAUUAAUCCUCUCUACUUUCCUUCUUCGUUCGUCUAUUCUGCGCAGUCCGUCGUGGAUUUUGGAACUUCCGACAGAAAUUCCGCCGUUCUUAUAAAGCAUCAUCAUCACCACUUGUGAUGGGUGGAAGCCAGUACGAUGAUGAAUGGGUGUUGCCCAGUGCCGAUAUCACUCUUGUUCUUGUUGGGAAACUUGGCUAUGGAAAGAGUGCAACUGGAAAUAGCAUCCUUGGACGGGAAGCAUUUGUAUCAGAAUAUUCACAUUCUGGUGUUACUAAUACUUGUCAGCUGGGAAGCACUACCCUGAUGGACGGCCGGACCAUCAAUGUUAUUGAUACACCAGGGUUAUUUGAUAUGAGCAUUGCAUCAGACGAUGCUGGUAAAGAGAUUGUUAAAUGUAUGAACAUGGCUAAAGAUGGGAUACAUGCAGUUCUAAUGGUUUUUAGUGGCACAUCUCGGUUUUCUCGAGAGGAUGCAAGUACAAUUGAGACUAUUAAGGUCUUUUUUGGAGAAAAGAUUGUUGACCACAUGGUUUUAGUUUUUACUUAUGGUGAUCUAGUUGGUGAAUCUAAGUUGAAGAACAUGCUCAAUGAUGCGCCAGAGUAUUUGCAGAAUGUUGUUGAGCUAUGCCAAAACAGAGUUGUCGUCUUCGAUAACAGGACCAAGGACCGAAGGCUCCAAGCGCAGCAACUUGACAAAUUGCUCUAUGUAGUGGACUCGGUUUGUGCAAACAAUGGAGGAAAACCAUUUACAGAUCAAAUGUUCACUCGCAUCAAGGAGGUGCAUGAUAGGGAAAAAGAGGUGCAUACCUUGGGAUAUUCAGAUGAGCAGAUAUCUGAGUUGAAGGAGGAGAUUCAUAGAACUAGGGAUGAACAGCUUGCACAGAUAACCAGCAUGGUCGAGGAAAAGCUAAACCGCACUGUGGAGAAGCUGCAACAGCAGCUCAUGGAGGAACAGAACGCAAGGCUGGAGGCCGAGAAGGUGGCGCAUGAAGCUAUGCGGAAAUCAGAAGCGCAGAUCCAGGAGCUGAAGGAGAGACUCGAGAAGGCUCGACUGGAAAACGAGGAGUUCCGGAGGAUGGCGCAGAGCAGUAAAUGUGCUAUCCUAUAGUACUUGCUAGAAAAACUCUGUGCGGCUAUCGUGCUGACGCGUCUCUUUUUUUUUUGUCUGUAGCACCUUUUUUAACCGUUUAUUUAUUACGCGACAACUGUUAUGAAGACACUGCUUUGCUUCCGUAUAUUAUCUUCUUUUUUGCGCAAUUAUUCCA